AUGUCUUCAUCAAUGUUUCGUACGUCAACAUUUCCAGUUUCAAAACCAUCUUUAUUCAAUCAAAAACGAGAAAAAGAAAGAUCUGAAUUAUCAACAUUAAAUGAUAAAUUUGCUGAUUAUGUUGAAACAGUUCGAUUUUUCGAAGCGCACAAUAAAAAGAUUCAGAUUGAUACGAAUCUUCUUAGUGAAAAACAACGUGAAAGUUGUCAAAAGAUUAAAACGAUGUUUGAAACAGAAUUUGCGCAAUUAAAAGAAGUAACGGAACAAUUAUUAAAAGACAAAAAUGACUCAUUUAGUAUUGCUCAAAAUGCACAGAAUUCCAUUCUUCCAUUAAAACAACAGCUUAGCCAAACUUUUAAAGAAUGCGAUUCAUCAAAAUAUGAAACUGACAAAAUUGAACGACACUUAUCAUCUAUUGAAGGUGAUAUUCAAAUGUAUAAUCGUCGUCUUGCUUAUCAAGAUAGUCAACAAGCAAAAUGGAAACAAUUUAUUAGUCAUAUGCAACGUCUUUUAUUACAAGCAAAAAAUGAAAUUCAUAAUGAAAUUUCAAUACGUGCAUCAUGCGAACAAGCAUCAAAACAAUUACGUAUUGAUAUAAGUAGAUUACGUGAACAACAACAACAAAAAUUAAAUGAUCUUCAACAAUCAUCAUUUAUUUUAAGUCCCAAUGCAACAAAUGAACGUGCACUGAUGUUUAAAUCUGAUUUAGCAAAUGCUAUAAGAAGAAUUCGUCAAGAUUGUGAAAGAGAAAAUGAUUUACAACGCAAUGAAUUAUAUCAAAAAUUUGCCCAAUCAUAUGAAGAUAUAAUUCGACAACAUUCUAAACUUGCAAGUUUAUUAUUAAAUGAACGUGAACAAGAACGUAUUAGACAAGAAGAAGAACAUGUACGUUCAGAAAUUCAACAUAUACGAUCAAAUACUGAUUUAUUAAAACAAAAAAAUUCAGAAUUAAAAUUACAUUUACGUGAAUUACAAAUUAAUCUUGAAAUGAGUGAAAAUGAAAAUGAACGUAUUCAACAAGCACAACAAAAUCAAAUCAAUCAAUGGAAAUUAAAACAUGAAAAAAUUACUAAAGAUUAUGAAGAUGUUAUAAGUAAACAAUUGUCAUUAGAACAAGAAAUUGAAACAUAUAGAAAUUUAUUAGAAGGUACUAUGAAACCAGUUGUUGACAAUAUUACUGAUGAAUAUAAUUCAAUGGCUGCUAAUCAAAUAAAAAAGGAACAACAAAAGAAUUUAUUAAAUCGAAAACCUCUUUCAACAAGUGUUGAUUCAAUAUUAUCAACAUCCAAUUCUACAAAUAAAUAUGAUAAUAAUUCGUUUGUUGCUUUUAUGACGUUGGAUCUUGAUAACAAUCAAUCAAUUCAUUCAUUAACGCCUAUUAAGGAUAGCUCAACAACAACAUAUAGAAAUAAUUUCGAAAAAAGUAAAAGUGUUGAAGGUUUAUAUGUUAAAAUUAAUGAUGAUAAUCAACAGAUGGUGGAAGAAAAUGAACAGGCAAAUGGUGGAUCUUCAUCAAAGAGUCGAACACCAAUAUUUAUUGAACGACGACGACAAAACUAA